AUGGUAAACGAGGCGCCGUUGCUGCAAUACGAUACCGAGUACGCGGAGCAGAGAAUGGCUGCUAACGAAGGCGACUCCAGCCUUCUUGCGGAAAUGCGUGCAAGGCUAGGCAAAUUGGGGGAUGACAGCAAGUUACUCAAAUUUUAUACUCGGACACUCAAAUACGAUUCCAAGAGGCUCAAAUAUGACACCCAGGACCUUAAAUCUCCAUCAAGAAACUCGAAUCUUUUUACCUGGAUCGCCCCCAAAGAGGCCGAGGAGAUGAGUAGCACUUUCCUUUGUGAAGACGAGUCCUAUCUGGAUGAAGAGUAG